CAGUCCGCAGCUGAGCGGCUGAUCCGUGUGUUGGUGAUGUAAUGCUGCCCGUCCGCUGACCACGGAUGGCUGUGUGCGCCAGGCUCUGCGGAGUGGGCCAGUCUCGGAGGUGCCGGAGACGGCAGCGGAGCAACCAGCAGGACCAGGGCAGCGACUCCGACAUGGAGGAGGAGGAGGAGGAGCGGAUCGAGGGCCCGAGGAGAGCCGAGGCGGGCCGAGGCCGCUGCGCUGCAGCCGGGGCUGCAGCUGCAGCUGCAGGGCCGGAGGACCGGGCUGCUGCUGCUGCUGCUGCUGCUGCUGCACCUCCGCACCCGCAGACUCUCGCAGAAUUACCGCCCGAGCUGCUGGUGGAAAUACUCUCCCUGCUGCCUGGACCAGAGCUGCCGAAUGUCGCCCUCGUUUGCAAGAAAUUCAGACAAAUCCUCAACACGGAAACCAUAUGGAGAAGGCGAUGUGUAGAAGAGUUUGGCAUGAAGGAGGAUCUGAGGAAGAUGGAAGCAGGAGGAGUGUCCAGCAAGGACAUCUACGUUAAACGUGUGAACCCACGGGUGAAGUCUGGGCGCUUUAUGAAGCUCCUCCCGGACUACGAGCACAUGGACUAUAGAGACGUGUACACACACUUGCUUCACCCAUAUAGGCAUAUUUUGGGUCUUUGGCAGCCUGACAUAGGACCUUAUGGUGGAUUGCUCAAUGUUGUGGUGGAUGGGUUGUUCAUCAUCGGCUGGAUGUAUCUCCCACCUCAUGACCCUCGGGUGGAGGAUCCCAUGAGAAGACGGCCUCUCUUCCGUAUCCACUUGUGGGAGAGCAAAAAGGCCACAAUAGAGUGUAUGUAUGGACACAAAGGUCCUCACAAAGGAGACAUACAGACAGUGAAAAGGGAUGAAUUUUCAACUAAAUGUAACCAGACGGAUCAUCACCGGAUGCCAGGAGGCAGACAGGAGGAAUUCAGGACAUGGUUAGAGGAAGAAUGGGGUCGAACGCUGGAAGAAAUCUUCCAUGAACACAUGCAGGAGCUCAUUCUGAUGAAAUUCAUUUACACCAGUCAAUACGAUAACUGCUUGACAUACCGUCGGAUCUAUCUGCCUCCUCCGAUGCCGUCAGACCUGCUGAAACCAGGACUAUUCAAAGGCACCUACGGUAGUCAUGGCUUGGAGAUUGUCAUGCUCAGCUUUCAUGGGAAUUCUGCAAGAGCCACCAAACUCACUGGAGACCCAAAUGUUCCUGCUGGGCAGCUCACACUGGAUAUUGACCUGAGAAGACCUGUGGUACUCCCAGAUUUGGAGCAGCAGCGCGACAUUGAGGAACUAUCGCGGCUUGUGCUGGGGAUACAUGAGGAGCUACAGGGGGAUGCAGAACAGCAGGCCAAUGAUACAGUCCGGCAUGCAGCGGCGGGAGCCGAUGGUGUUGCCAGCGGCGCAAAAGCAAGUGAGGCAGAAGAUGGCCUCUGUUCAGACAGCUGUCAGUCUGGCCCCAGCAGUAGCAGCAGUCAUUCGGAGACCCAGCCCUUUAUUCUUCCUUUAGGGGUUAUGGCCCGCAAUGAGGUGUACCCUCGUACCUGCAGAAAAUGCUUCUAUGGGACAGGCCUGAUUGCGGGGCACGGCUUUACAAGUCCAGAGCGCACCCCAGGGCUUUUUGUGCUCUUCGAUGAGGACCACUUUGGUUUCAUCUGGCUGGAGUUGAAGUCUUUUAGUCUUUACAGUCGCCUGACGGACCAUCUAGCCCACGCCCAUGCUCCAAACAUGGAGCGAUUUGAGGCCAUGCUCCGCAGCAUGCAGUCUUGGACAUCCUGAUGCACCAAGCUUUAAAUCUCAAUGACGGGAUGAAAGAAAAAACCACGGUACACAAACCACCUCUGAUGAGGACAUUACUACCCUGAUAGCUGAUGACCUUAAGUCUCCAGGUUCUGUCUAUAACUGUCUCAUACUGGGUUUACUGUAUUACUUUAACUACUUGUGUCACCCUGACCUUACACAGCCACGUGUUUGUUCCCAUUAAUGCACUUAGAAGGGCCUUUCAAGUCACCCUUUAUCACCUUGCGCAAGUGUGACCUUAAUCCUCCAGUGCAGCAUGAUAAGGGGUCACGCAAUACUUUUUUUUUUUUUUUUUUCCACUGAAGGAAGAAAAAAGAAUGAUAACACUUAUACCACUUAUUAAGGAUCCAGCUGUAUGUGCCUGUGAUUCCAAAACCAUGCCUGUACUCGUUUGCGCUUGAAGCAAAUAAGGGUGUCCAGUGCAUUCUACUACAGUAUACUAUUCUAUUAUACCAAUUUCAGGGCCCAAUACAUAUAAAUGCAUGCUGCAUUUACCUAGAACUAACCAGAUUGGGCUUGCAGUAUAACCACCAUCUGAUCAAGUUUUGUUUUCAGAAAGCAGCAUGCUUUGAUUAGUUUGUUUUACCUGUUUGUUUUAUUUAUUUAUUUUUUGGGGGGUGGGGGUGGGGGGGGUUCUGCUGUGGAGACAUAUUUAAGAAAAAAAACAGGCAUCUCAGGUGUUUUUCUUGGGCCACGGGUGAGUGAAGACAGGACUUAAGUAUGUACAAAUACAAAAUGAAAUAUUAAACUGGCCACUUAUCAAACUUCUGACCGGUCAUCUUAUCAGAUAUUACAGUUGCAUCGGUCGGUUUUAGGCUGACUCGUACAUUUUGGCCCUUUGAACUCAAGAUCUAGCUUUUCAAUGAUAUGCUUAGGCUCAUAGACCCAUAUCAAACAUACUUAACCUUACCACACCCAACAUAUUAACCUCUUAUGUAAGCUGGAAAGGUGUAUUGCAAUAGUAACAUUACCUUUUCAAAAGCUGGAAUGGUCCCCUGUAUUUAAAUAAUAUAUUUUCUGAGCUACUGUCAUGUUCUGAAAUGUCUCUCCCCAUUCAAAUGUGGAAAUUUACUUUUAUUGGCUGAUGUGUUUGCUUGGCUUUAUACCUGCAAAGCUUUUCCCUCCAGAUCUUCCACUGGUUUCCAACUUGAGAUCAAGGCAAGCUCUUUAUUCAUGCUAACAACUUAAAGUGCAUCUCAAAAUACAAAGUAAGUGUCUGUACGUCUCAUUCCGGCCUGAUGGUGGUGCCCAGUAGCUUUCUUACUACAAGUGCACUUUUCUGGGCAGUUUAAUAAAUCUUUCAAAAACCAAUGGCCUGCACUUUUAUAUCAGACUACAGCUUUACUAACAUCUGGGGGGGGGACUGCUAAAGCAUUUUGUUUGUUUGUUGUUUCUUUGGUCACAUUUUAUUGAAUUCAUCUAUUUUAAAAUGUUAUCUUUAUCUGCAAACCCAGCUAUCUGAAUGAUUUGCCUUUGAAAUGUGUUGCUUCGUUCUAUUAUCAUGCCAUAUGCCUGAUUUUAUGGAAAAUGUAUGUUUGAACUAUUGAACUGCUCAGAUCAGACUUCAGGGAGCUUUUCAGCUUUAGCACUCUUCUCAGAAAUAAUGAUAAUAAAAAUUAAAAAGACAACCUUUUUUCCCCACAUCAUUUUAUUUUUUUAUAAGGGUUUGGGUGUGUUUUACAUUCAGAUGCAAGUGUUAGAGAUCAUCUAAGAGACUCUUUUUCACAGCUCAUUAAUUUCAGUGCCACAGUAAGUUUUCAUAAUUAAUGUUUACAGCUUGUACACAUAAACAUAAAAAGGUUGUCAUUAUUUAGAAACAUCUUGUGUACCCCAUGUACCUUUGGAAAAACCUGGUUAAAGCAUCAGUGGUCCCUCCCCCCACCUGUUAAAAUUGAUUCAUGAGUACAAACUAAACCGUAAUAAAUGCUAAUUUUAUAUUAGAAUCCACAUGAUCAAGGAACUACUUAAGAUGUAUUAAAAAAACAGCACUGCCUAAAGUUUUCUUAAUUCAAAAUGAUUUCAGUUUGUACAGCAUUAAUAGAUGCAUUUACUCCUCUACAUUGUAGCUCAAUAUACAUCUCUACAACUCGCUGCGCUCCGCGCUCUCUUCAUGUUGUUUGAUCUUUUCAGGGAGGAUCUGAGUCAAAAAUACAAACUUGUCUUUCUUCAGGUGCCGACCUGUUACCUGCUCCUUUAAAUCAAUGAUCUGGUAUUCUUCCUCUGUCCCAUACUUUGGCCAGUGUACAAGUCCAUCCCCAUUGGGAGACCUACACAAACAAACAUUAUUAAAAACACAUUUUUCUUGUCCAAACUAUAACUUAGAAGCAGUAAUUCUUACCCAGUACGGGCAAAGUUGCCCCAGUAGCUCAUCAUGGUUCUGCUGAACUUUUCCUCCUCUUCAGAGCAUCCGUCUAAAAUGUCAAUGAAUGGUUGAAACAUUCAAGAUUACAAGUUAACAAACCAAAUAUUUGAAGGUUUGUAAACUACACUUACCAGAAAAUGUCACAUGGGAAGUCGUGAAACAACAUCCCAGCACCGUAAAGAUCUCGUCGCCAUGGUCACUUCUAACAAAGCUCGGUCUUUUUUUCUGCAGAGCUUGGGGAGGAUACUGGUACUCGUACAAGUACACAGGGGCGCCUGCAUCUGGUAUCAGUCAAAUGAAUGUCAUGUUUGUUUCAGAACAAUUAUAACAGUAAAUAUUAAACAGUGACUAUUUGUUUGGAUAAUAUUGUUAAAAAAAAUACCUCUGUGAGCAUUUGCAGCUCCAAUGGCUGGAAUGGUAAACAACAUAUCUCCAAUCACCUCAGUGAA